AUGUCCACCAGAGGAAGAUUGAACCGUUUUGAUGACUCUGGUCAUAGUUCAUCUGGUACUGCGUCAUCCCCGGUGCAUGCUAAACAGACGAGAUGGACAGGCAAGGCAACUAGGUUUAAGCAUUUUGGACCGGUGCAAUUGGAUACAAUUAUAACGGGACAUUUGACCCAAGAACAACUUGAUGCGUACCAACAGCUAUUUAGAAUACAGGAGAUAUCAUACUACUUGCGUGUUUCUCAGCAAGAGCAUAAACCGAUUAUAGACCUCCUACCGUCCUCACAUGUUGAGGCAAAGGGUGCUGGCGUAGAGUACAGGAGAGAGCCAUCACCACCGCCCAAAUACGAUAAUCAAGGUAACCGAAUAAACACACGAGAGCAGAGAGUACGGGAGGCGCUCGAGAAGGAGAGACACGAGUUGGUUGAAUUGGCCGCAGGGACCAUAAAAAAUUUUCUAGCUCCAACGGAUUAUAGAAAGCCUUCUAAAACUUUUGAAAAAUUGUACAUACCAGUAAAGGACUAUCCUGAAAUCAACUUUGUUGGAUUCUUGAUUGGCCCAAGAGGUAGAACAUUGAAUAGGCUUCAAGAGGAGUCCGGGGCUCGUCUUCAAAUACGAGGAAAAGGAUCGGUUAAGGAAGGUAAAUCUACUCAAGCAGCAAUAGAAGACAAAUCUUCAGCGGCUGCAGAUUCUGUAGAAGAUGACCUCCAUGUCUUGAUUACCGCUGAUUCUCAGCACAAGAUUGCCAAAGCAGUCAAGUUGGCUAAUGAGGUUAUCGAGAAGUUGAUUACAUCUCCCGAGGGGCAGAAUGAGCUAAAGAGAGAACAGUUGAAAGAAUUGGCCGUGUUGAAUGGUACAUUACGAGAAACCAAACCAUUUGAUCCAGAAGCCUACCAGAGGCGACAACAGAGGGCUUUUGAUAUAACAAGGAUUGUAUGUAAAAGAUGUGGCAGAAUCGGCCAUUAUGCAAGAGAUUGUAAUCAAAACCAAAAUUAUGGUAAUGAUCAUACAAACAAUGCCAAAAACGAAACUGAUAGCUACACACCACAAUCCAGAUCUAUCGCUUCCUCUUCAGAACGAGUAAAUAAGAAACCAAGAACAGAGCUUCCACUACCUCCAUGGCAAAACCAGUAUCAUUAUCAGCAAACUGCAACGGGCACACCAAAUUUGCCCAGCUCUUAUGUUAAUGGUCCUCCACCAUUGAACUACCAAUCUCGACACCCUCCUCCUGCUCAUCCUCCUGCUCAUGCUCAUCCUCCUGCUCAUCCUCCUGCUCAUGCUCAUCCUCCUGCUCAUGCUUAUGCUCAUGCUCAUGCUCACUCACCACCUCCACCUCCGCCACCACCUUCUAUUAAUGCUCAUGCAACACCUCCACCCCCGCCUCCUCCUGCUCAUUCCAACGCACUACCCCCACCCCCACCUCCUUCACAACCACCACCAUCAUCGGGACGAAUACUCUCAAACCCAAAACAAGCAAACCUUUCGCCCUCCUUGGGUUUCAAUGCCAGAGCUACACCCCCAUCAACUUCUGCUCCAUCGGUGCCUCCACCGCCUCAGCCGCCUCAGCCGCCCCAACCUCCACAACCUCCACAACCUCCAAAUCGAAACCAGCCACCGCCACCACCUCCUCCUCCACGGAAAUAA